AUGCACACAAACGAUCACUUCGCUGUUGAUAACAACGGGAUCAUAACGAACAACAAACAACUCGACGCCGAUAACAACAACGCGUAUUACGAAUUCGUCGUCACUGCCAAGGACAGAGGGGAGCCCGCGAAGACAGGAACCGCCACAGUCAGAGUUUACACUAAGAACAAGAACGACGAGGAACCGAAAUUCUCGCAGCAAGUGUACACUCCGAACGUAGACGAAAACGCUGGGCCGAACACUUUAGUGACGACUGUUGUAGCUUCGGACAAAGACGGGGACAACGUUCGCUUCGGCUUUGUCGGUGGCGGUACCAGCUCGGGGCAAUUUGUCAUCGAAGAGAUCACCGGCGUAAUUCGUCUGCACAAUAAGCCCAUCUCGCUCGAUAGGGAUAAGUACGAGCUUAACGUAACAGCAAUGGACGAUGGCGCGUGCUGCGUCAACGGAGACACGACCAUCCACACGUCAACGGCGGUGGUUGUCGUCUUCAUAACGGACGUGAACGAUAACAAACCCAUUUUCAAAGAUUGCCCGACCUACUUCCCCAAAGUCGAAGAAGGCGCGCCGAACGGCAGCCCAGUGAUAAAAGUCCACGCGACCGACGAGGACAAAGGUGUUAACGGUCAAGUCAAGUAUUCGAUUGUUCAACAGCCCAAUCAAAAGGGGACCAAGUUUACUGUGGACGAGGAAACAGGAGAAGUAUCUACAAAUAAGGUAUUCGACAGAGAGGGCGACGAUGGGAAGUUUGUAUCGGUGACUGUGAAAGCCACUGAUCAGGGUGAGCCAUCCUUGGAGGGCGUUUGUUCGUUUACAGUUGAAAUAACCGACGUAAAUGACAAUCCACCACUAUUCGACCGACAAAACAACGGGGCUCAACAACUGGCCUCGGAGUCUACUGUUUCUAUAAUGCUGGAAGAUGUCAACGAUGAAAUACCUCUUUUUACGGAGCGGGAGCAAGAGACGGUGCUGGAGGGCGAGCCGAUCGGCACGAAGGUCACUCAAGUAAAUGCGAUCGAUAAGGAUGGAACGUUCCCGAAUAAUCAAGUGUAUUACUACAUCGUGGAUUCGCCGCGCAACGAGGGCAAGGACUUCUUCGAGAUCAGCAUGCAGACCGGCGAGAUCUUCACCAAGGUGGUGUUCGACAGGGAGAAGCAGGGGGCCUACGCGCUGGAGGUGGAGGCGCGUGACGGUGCACCCUCGGCGCGGCCCAAUUCCGACAAUCAGCCGAAUUCAGGUGUUCCCGACUUAAUGAUAGAAGCGUUGCUGGAGUUCCUUCCGAGGUUUCGUACCGAAGUUCAGGCUAGGCCGGUCAUCUCAAGUCCAGCGGAUCUG